AGCGCGCAUGCGCUGCCUUUCUCUUUCCGGGCUGGAACCAUGGAGGGUGCAGAAGAAAAGAAAAAGAAGGUUCCUGCUGUGCCAGAAACUCUUAAGAAAAAGCGAAAGAAUUUCGCGGAGCUUAAGAUCAAGCGCCUGAGAAAGAAGUUUGCUCAAAAGAUGCUUCGAAAGGCAAGGAGGAAGCUUAUCUAUGAAAAAGCUAAGCACUAUCACAAAGAAUACAGGCAGAUCUACAGAACUGAAAUCCGAAUGGCUAGGAUGGCAAGAAAAGCUGGCAACUUCUAUGUACCUGCGGAACCCAAAUUGGCUUUUGUCAUCAGGAUCAGAGGUAUUAACGGUGUGAGCCCAAAGGUUCGAAAGGUGCUGCAACUUCUUCGACUCCGUCAGAUCUUCAAUGGCACCUUUGUGAAGCUCAACAAGGCUUCAAUUAACAUGCUGAGAAUCGUGGAACCAUACAUUGCAUGGGGGUACCCAAACCUGAAGUCAGUAAAUGAAUUGAUCUACAAGCGUGGUUAUGGCAAAAUUAACAAGAAGCGAAUUGCCCUGACAGAUAACGCGUUGAUUGCUCGAUCUCUUGGCAAAUAUGGCAUUAUCUGCAUGGAGGAUCUUAUUCAUGAGAUCUAUACUGUUGGAAAACGUUUCAAAGAAGCAAACAACUUCCUGUGGCCCUUCAAAUUGUCUUCUCCACGCGGGGGAAUGAAGAAAAAGACCACUCAUUUUGUAGAAGGUGGAGAUGCUGGCAACAGGGAAGACCAGAUCAACAGGCUUAUUAGAAGAAUGAACUAAGGUGUCUACCAUGAUUAUUUUUGUAAUCUGGUCAGUUAAUAAACAGCGACUGCUUUCAAAUUGAAA